GGCGACUUGACCGAAAUAACCUUUGGCGGUUUCUACGUUAGCCCGUGUCCUGGUGGAGAUUACGAAUCACAUAGACCCCGUCUUCUUCACCCGCCAGGCAGACAAUCUAAUAGCCCAAGAUGCCUUUGACUGAUUGACUAGUCAACCUCUAGCCCGGCGGUUACUUAACAGUAGCAGAUAGAGCCAGCAGAUACCGGAGAUCCGAAGCACCUGAACGCCUGGACGUGCGGAACGCCGGUGCAUGCGCAUUUCGCCAGCUCCCCACUCCGCCCUCCUCUUCCGCCGGAGCCGGAGCCCGCGCCGCUCCCUUCCAGAGCCGUCUAUAUAAACACCCCGCCGCCGCACUGGUCACCGCUCACUCGCCGAUCCAAGCAUCAAUCCAAAGCGGCUCCACUUCCUCUAGCGCUCCAUCCCGAUCGAGUUCGGCCUCGAGGUGACCCGAUCUCGCAGUGUUCGUUCCAUCCGCUGCACGCGCGUCAAUGGCCAGCCUCCGAGUCGCCGUGUUCGCCGUCUCCUGCGCCCUCCUCGCGGCGUCGGUGUCGUCGGCGCCGCCGCCGGCGAUGUACAAGGUCGGCGACGAGCGCGGGUGGGCAGUGCCGUCUGCCAACGGCACCGAGACGUACAACCACUGGGCCAAGAGGAACCGCUUCCAAGUCGGCGACAUCCUGAAUUUCAAGUACGCCAACGACUCGGUGCUGCUGGUGAGCCACGACGACUACAAGCAGUGCAGCACGGAGACGCCGGUGAGCCGGUUCACGGGCGGCGACACCAAGUUCACGCUCGACGGCCUCGGCCCCUUCUACUUCGUCAGCGGCGUCCCGGGCCACUGCGAGAAGGGGCAGCGGAUGAUCGCGCGCGUCAGGAUGCCCUCCUCUCUGACGGCCGGCGUCCCGGCGGCGGCUCCGGGGAUGCCGCCCACCGUCAGGGCCGGAGGCGCGCCCCGUCCCGCCGCCUCGUUGCCCGCCGUGCCGUCGGUAGCGGGAUCCGGAUCCGCCUCCACUCCCACUCCCGCCCCGAGCCCGCUGCCAGAGGCCAGCGGCGCGUCGUCGAGGCGUGCGCUUAGCGUUGUGUCGUCCGACGUAGUAGGGCUCGCGGUCGUGGGUGUCGUCACUCUGUUCGUGGUGGUUUGAGCUCAUGUGUCUGGUUUCUCGAUCGAUACUCGAUAGUGUGCAAUCGGUUUAGGGAUUAAUGUUAGUUUUUGGAGAUCUAGCAGGUGU